AUGACGCCUGGCCCCGGAACCCGUCCAGCGCAGCCCGUGUUUCGUGCGCCCACAGCGCAACCCACUGCCCCGGUGCAGCCUCAGCAGAGUGUUGUCGCCGCCGCGCCCAUCCAGGCGCAGACCCUCAGCCCGGUCGAGAGGGCGGCGCGGACAAUCAAUCAGACAUUGGCCCAGGAGGCCAGAUACCCUGACCUCGAUAGCUACAUCACGCAGGGCAUCUCCUCCGACUGUGACAUUCCCGCAAACGCCGCGCUGGCCCCCUUCCAGCAGGUCAAGACAUACAACAUCCCGGACCGGAUAUUUGAGCAGUACAAUGAGGCACAGGUCGCAACAAUGAUGGGGCUAUUUGCCGAGAUAAAUCAUGCCUGGGUGGUCAUAGACAAUGCGCUGUACCUGUGGGACUAUACCCAUCCCAAUCCAGAGUUGAUCGGUUUCGAGGACCAGCCGAACAUCAUCACAGCCGUUAGGCUAGUCAAGCCCAGGGCAAAGGUUUUCAUUGACGCAAUCACGCAUCUGCUGGUCGUCGCCACGACCACUGACAUGAUCCUCAUCGGUGUGGCCCAUGAAAAGAACGCCGAUGGCAUCUCCACCGUCUCCUUGUACCAAACCCGAAUGCAAGCGUCGGUUAGGGGCAUUGGUGUCAAGUGCAUUGAAGGCUCCGCGAAGACGGGAAGGAUCUUCUUUGGCGGAGAAGUCACAGACGACGUUUACGAGCUCACGUAUCAGCAAGAAGAGAAGUGGUUCGGCAGCAAAUGCGGCACGGUCAAUCAUGUCAGCAGGUCUAUGGUCAACUACGUCAACAACCAGCUGAAGCUGUCCUUCGGCACCUCGUUGCUUAACCCAGUCCUCAACCUUGUGCAGAGCGCAUCAAAGGAGAACGUCAUGCAAAUGGUGGUCGAUGACAGUCGGAAUCUGUUGUACACGCUCUCGAACCUGUCGACCAUCCGUGUGUUCCACAUGAAGAACAUGGCUUCCUUAGACUGCGUUAUUACCAGGAGUUUUGCAACUCUUAGGACGCAGAUUGGUCAUAUGGUUGCUCGUUCGGAACUGAUUAGUUCUAAGACUGCCAUUGUUGCAAUCAGCCCCAUCUCUGCCACGGAAGCGGCCCGUCUGAACCUUGUGGCGGUCACCAACACUGGAUGCCGCAUUUUCCUGAGCGCCACUUCCGGCGGCUUUUACUCCACUGACAUCGCGAGCGCCCCAACGAGCAUGCAAGUGCACCAUGUCAAGUUUCCCCCUGGCAAUACUACCCUCGUUCCACAAAAUUCGGUCGUGGGUGGCUACCAAGGCAUGCCCGCGAUCGAUACCAACUCUCCGGUCCUUUCUCUCACCACAAAAAGCGCCCGCUUUGCACCUGGAUAUUUUCUAUACUUUGUUCAAGCAGAUGGUGCUUCGGAGAAGCUCUUCUUGUCUGCACCAGACGCGGGACGGAUCUCGCGGCCCUAUGAACCGGCUCAGCUUCCCAGGUAUGCUGAACUCGGCCAAUGGAUACCCCUGGGCAGCAGCAUGCAGGAUAUCGGACAGGUUACAGAAGCCUUUGGAGCCACUACGUCGCCUCUUGGAUUCGGUAACGAAUUGGCCGUGCAGUUCGACAAACCCACGAGCGAGUUUGCUAUUUUGACUAAUACUGGAGUCCACACCAUCCGACGCCGCAGGCUGGUCGAUGUUCUUGCUUCAGCGAUCCAACACGGAGGCGGCGACGAAGGAUUGGAAGCGGAAAUGAAGCAUUUUGUGCGUGUCUAUGGCCGUAGCGAAAUGUGUGCGACUGCUCUUGCGGUGGCUUGCGGCCAAGCCACAGAUGUCACCGCUGAUUACCGCGUCGCCAGAUUGAACGAUCAAGCUACUCUAGACUUCGCCCGGAAGGCUUUCAUCGAGUAUGGCGGUAAACCCACUUACAACGAGAACUUACAGCUGGACAACAACACGGCUCAAAUCGACAAUGUUCGUCCUUCGCCCCGUCACGAGGGUAUCGCUCUGUACAUAUCCCGUGUUGUACGCUCUCUUUGGAAGGCGCCAGUCCUCCAGGAAGGUGUGACUCCCGCGGGUGGGUUUACAGUCACUCCUACUGUUGAUCUGGCUAAGCUCCAGGGCGUUCAAAGAGAUCUUACCCACCUACAAGAGUUCCUUGACACAAACAAGACUUUUAUUGAUGGGCUGGCUGGCCCUGAAGCCCUGGGCCGUGUAGCUACCCAACAAGAAGAAAUAGCCCUGCAGGGCGAGCAUCGCGCUCUCAACUCGCUUGUCAAGCUCCUUGUCAACAUCAUCGAAGGCAUAUCUUUUGUUCUUGUGCUUUUUGACGAAGGGGUUGAUGAGAUUGUUGUAGCUCUGCCAGACACCAUCAGGCAAAGAGUUCGCGAACUCACCUUCGAAGGCCUGUUUUGCGCCGCAACGGGGAAGGAUCUGGCUAAAGAACUUGUGAAAGCUAUAGUGAACCGCAGCAUUGACAAGGGCUCAAACGUCGAUACCGUUGCGGAAGCUCUCCGCAGACGAUGCGGCAGUUUCUGUAGUGCUGACGACGUCGUAAUUUUCAAGGCACAGGAGAAGCUCAAGAAGGCCUCGGAAGCCGGGGCAAACUCCGACGUUGGACGUGCUUUGCUCAAUGACAGCUUGAGCCUCUUUCAGAGAGUGGCAGGAAGUUUGUCCAUGGAGCAUCUACAAGGAGCCAUCCAACAAUAUAUCGGCAUGGCCUUCUUUGCCGGUGCAAUUCGUCUUGCUUUGAAGGUCGCCCAACAAUUGGACCGCGGCAACCGUGCCUUGGCAUACAUUAGAGAUGGGUCUCCAGAAAUUGACCCCCGGAAAGAGGCUUUUGAUGCCCGCAAGGCGUGUUACAACCUAGUUCACGAUAUAGUUGAGGCCGUUGAUGCUUCUUCGCAAACUGAGCCUGAGAUGGUAGAUGGCCAACUCACUGCCAGCGCGAAGCGGCGGAACGAGGCUUACCAGGAGAUUAACGAUUCGGACGAUGAAGUUUUCCAAACCAACCUUUACGAUUGGUACCUGGAGCGUGGCCAGAGCGAUCGUCUCCUGGACAUAGAUUCCCCUUACGUCAUAAGCUAUCUGCAGCGCAAGUCUGUCGAGGAGGCCGGACACGCUGAUCUUUUGUGGAGAUAUUAUGCUCACCAUCACAGCUUCUUCGAGGCUGCGACAGUGCAGCUACAGCUUGCCAAGAGUGGUUUUGACUUGACCCUCGACAAGCGCAUACAAUACCUCAGUCAAGCAAAGUCAAACGCUUCAACAAGGUUCAACGGCUUGGCCGAGGUGCACAACACGCGUCAAUCGAGACAAGAGUUGCUGCGCGAAGCAAGCGAUCUUCUGGACCUGGCAAACAUUCAGAGCGAUAUCCUGCUCCGUAUGAUGUCGGAGCCUCGUCUUACCGGAGAACGCAGACCGCAAGUUCUCAAGGAGCUCAAUGGCCAAAUUUUGCCCUUGGAUGAUCUCUACAACAACUUCUGCGACCAAGCCGGCUACUACGACAUCUCGCUGCAAAUUUACCAGUGCGCCGACUACCGCAACCCUGCCGAUAUCCGGGCAACCUGGCAGAACCUGUUGGAGCAGACCCAUGACAGGGCCGUAGAGAACAACAACACACCUUGGGAGAUGGUCGCCGAGACAGUCCGUUCCCUCGGCCCCAAGCUGGGACUCUCAGACACAACCUUCAACAUCGCCAUGGUUCUUCCCCUCCUUGAGAGGUACGCCAUCACCCAUCAGCGCGGAGUAGGCCCAUCCUCGUGGGUUGUCGACGUGUUCCUAGACCUCGGCGUCCCGCACGAGUCCAUCGUGGCAAGUCUCGAGGCGACCUUCUACAACAACGAAGCGCCAUUUGCCCAAAGGCAACGGAGGUGGAUCGCCAACGACAUCGUCUACGUUGUUGAGAGAUGGUACGACGAGAGCACGCGCGUGGGCGGCUUUGCGUUUGGUGAGGUUGAGAAUGCGGCCAGCGUGCAGGAACUACUGCGUGCGGUUGAGCAGAGUGGCGCGUUGGAUGUGGAGUGGGUUGAGAUUGCACAGGAGCUUAGGGCACGCAUUGAGCUGGUGCUGAGGUAA